AUUUGACUUGAUUCUACAAAUGUACUGGGAAUUCCAGAAGGAGGUUUUUAGGAUCCAUCCCUGCAGUCUGUCAGCAAUUGGACAGAGAGAACAGAAAUGGUGCUUUCCAGAGUUUCACUUCCUAGUCAGCUGACGGCUCCUCCCAGCCAAGCAGCCUCCAGCUCUGCCCCUGUUAAAAAGUUGAGGGAAACUUGGAAGGCGAAAACCCAGAGCGGAUCUCUCACCACUGGAGGCAGGCAUUGACCCGGUGAUUCUUGUGAUCAUGUCGACAUUGUACCCAUCGCUCGAGGACAUGAAGGUGGACCAGGUCCUGAAGGCCCAAAGCGAUGCAGCCUCUAAGGGUCCAGCUUCUGCUGCAGUUCCGGUUCUGGCAUCAACUGUUGCUCCAGCUCCCACUUCCGGAGUCCCCGCAGCCGAGAAGACAGAGCCAUCCAAAGCAGCUGAGUCAUUGACUUUAUACCCCAAUCUCGCUGAACUCAAUGAUUACAUGGGGCUCUCCCUUUCCAGUGAGGAGAUCCAGAAGAAUCUUGGACUCGUCCCAGCAGGCAGCCACGCUCUGGUCUCGGCGGCGUCUCCUGCUGCAUCAAGUGUGAUGGUUGCCCCAGUCACGGGAAGUGACCUGGGGAUGCGUCGGGCGGAAAUCAAGCCAGGCCUGCGGGAGAUCCAGCUCUGCAAAGAUGAGCGCGGGAAGACGGGGCUGAAGCUGAGGAACAUUGAUAAGGGACUCUUUGUGCAGCUGGUCAGGGCCAACUCUCCGGCCGCUCUGGUGGGGCUGCGCUUUGGGGAUCAGAUCCUACAGGUCAACGGGAAGGACUGUGCAGGAUGGAGCACAGACAAGGCCAAGCGUGCCCUGAAGAAGGCUUCCCCGGAGAAAAUCGUCAUGGUGGUUCGAGACAGGCCGUUCCAGCGCACGGUGACCAUGCACAAGGACAGCACCGGCCACGUCGGCUUCGUCAUCAAGAAGGGGCAGAUCAACUCGCUUGUCAGGGGCAGUUCUGCCGCUCGGAACGGGCUCCUCACGAACCACUACAUCUGCGAGGUGAAUGGGCAGAACGUCAUCGGCUUGAAGGACAAGGAAAUCAUAGACAUCUUGACAAAUGCAGGCGGCGUUCUCACCCUCACCAUCAUCCCUGCGGUGAUCUAUGAGCACAUGGUCAAAAAGCUUUCCAGUGGGCUAGUGAAAUCUCACAUGGACCAUUCUGUUCCUGAUGCCUAAAGCUGCUGCAGGUUUUCAUCCCCUCCCUCUUCCAGCAUGAAAUACACCAAAGACUAGGAGGACUCCAAAAGCCUCCAGCUUUCCAUGGAGACUAUUUGGAGGUAAAGAAAGGCUGGCUGAUUCCUUGAGGACUGUGUUCUCAGAGGCAGGGCUGACACACAGACAGCUCUGUGCUGUGUGCCUGGGCCCAUAACCGUAUUGCUUCUUCCUUGUCUAGCCUUUUUAAUGGUCUCUUCAUGCAACCAAGUCAGUCCAUAAUGGCCACUGCUCAGCACAGGGAUGAGCUUGUGUGAUUCCUUUCGUACUAGAAUCUUCAUGGCCAUCCACUGUGUGUUACCUUGUCAAAGCAAGAGGGAUCGAGGUGAAGCGGCCCUGACUUCAAGACUACAGCAAAGUCUGCAGAGUCUAGCAGUCUUUAGGAGAAGCCUGGUGAGCUGGAAGCUGGCCUGUGGUCUACGUACCUUCUGGUCACCAUUUCAGUUAGCACGUGCAGAGGGGCUCAUGCGACCGGUCUGCCAUGCACACAAACUGGAUUGGCGCACAGCUCCGGUGGCUGCUUCUCUUUGCACACUUGUGGCACACACCCACAAGGGUUGGCAAAGGAGGUGCACCUUGUUAUAAGCAUGUGAGUGGUGGGUGGAUGCCUUUGGUACCAGUUGGCCCCAUUUUGGACACUGCCACACUUCCAAGUGAUCCACAGCAGCCAGAAGGCUGACUCCCUCUGGCUUGGAGCAACGCAUUCCACUGCUUAAAUCCCCCAGGCUAACACCCACAUGGAAAGCAGACACCUGCAGAGACCCAAACGACAUUUAUUACAGUCACUAAACAGACAAUGGUUACAGGACAGUGGAAAUCAAAACCCAGGAAAAUAAUACAGCUUUUAAGUUCUGUAUUUAAAAAUAUAUUAUAUAGAUUUUUCUCUCUCUUUCAAA